AUGGGGAGUAGGGUUAAGCAGGGGAGGAGUUUGCAGAAGAUGAUGAAGUGUCUGUGUGUGAGGGAACCGGAGAAAGGAGAAGAUGAAGCGGUUCCUUCCUUGGAAUCUCUUGCAAUCAGGGAAUUUUAUUCUUCAACAGAGAGUGGGCGUUCUGGCCUCGAUGGAGAAAUUCAGAUGAUGGGGUCUGAUUCUGGAAACAUAGACGAAACUGAAUUGUCUUUACGUGCGAGUGGCAUCUUGGACAAUGAGGAAGCUAGUGCUUUGUUAGGAAGAGAUGAAUAUCAUAAAGGGAAUAUAGAAGCUGCUUUACGUGUUUAUGAGAAAAUAAAUAUAGGCGCUGUGACUUCCAAGAUGAAAAUUUCCCUUGCCAAAAGCAGAGAACGCAGCAAAAAACAUUCCCAUUAUUAUGCUACUCCCCCAAUGUCCAUGUACAUGGCUGGAUUACUGUUGGAAGCCAUUUUCCUAAAAGCGAAAUGCAUGCAGGUUCUAGGAAGGUUUAAAGAAGCUGCCCAAACUUGUAAAGUUAUUCUCGACAUAGUUGAGUCUUCAUUACCUGAAGGCUUGUCUCAAAACUUCGGUGAUGAUGGUAAAUUGCAGGAGACUUUGAGUAAGGCAGUUGAGCUACUGCCAGAAUUGUGCAAACUUGCUGAUUCUCCCCGUGAUGUUAUUUUGUCUUACCGGCGUGCGCUCCUUCAUCAAUGGAAUCUUGAUGCAAAAACCAUAGCAAGGAUUCAGAAAGAAUUUGUUGUUUUUCUUCUAUAUAGUGGAGGGGAAGCAAUCCCCUCGAAUCUCCGUUCCCAUAUGGACAGCUCCUUUGUACCCAGAAAUAACUUAGAAGAGGCUAUACUCCUCUUGAUGAUUUUGCUGAGAAAAAUUUCUCUAAAUAAACUUGAGUGGGAUCCGUCAAUUUUGGACCACCUUUCAUUUGCUCUAUCUGUUUCAGGGGAUUUGACAGCUUUAGCCAAUCAGUGGGAAGAAUUACUCCCUGGGACUAUCAAUCGUAGAGAAAGGUACCACGCCUUAUCUCUUUGUUAUUAUGGAGUAGGUAAUGACUUGGUAGCAUUGAAUCUUCUUAGGAAAUUGUUGAGUAGAGAGGACCCAAAACAUGUUCCGUCUUUGUUAAUGGCUUCUAAGAUUUGUUGCGAGAACCCUGAUCUUGCAAAAGAGGGGGCAAGCUUAGCUCGCAAAGUGCUUGAGAGCUUGGAUGGAAGAUGUGAUCAGUUGGAAGGUCUUUCCAGUUGCUUACUUGGUGUUUCACUUUCAACACACUCAAAAUUUGCUAUUUCUAAUUCUGAGAGGGUUGAGAGACAAUCGGUAGCACUUGACUCUCUGGAAACUGCAAGCAAACUGACCGGAAUGAGUAACCCCCUUGUAAUAUACUAUUUGAGUUUAGAAUGUGCAGAGCAAAGGAAGUUGGACGCUGCACUUCACUAUGCAAAAUGCUUUAUAAACUUGGAAGCUGGGUCUAAUGUUAAAGGGUGGUUAUUGUUAGCCCUGAUAUUAUCUGCUAAAAAGCAGUUUUUGGAUGCCGAAUCUAUUCUCAACGAGGCUUUGAAUCAGACAGGAAUAUGGGAUCAAGGAGAGUUACUGCGAACGAAAGCUAAAAUAAAAAUUGCGCAGGGCCAGUUGAAGAGUGCCAUUGACACAUAUACUCAGCUUCUUGCUAUUCUCCUAGUUCAGAGAAAGACGUUUGGUUCAAGGAAGAUGCUGUAUAAGGACUACAUAGAUCAUGCUAGGAACAUGGAAAUAGAAAUAUGGCAUGAUCUUGCUUUUGUGUACAUUAGUCUGUCGCGGUGGCAUGAUGCAGAGGUGUGUCUUUCGAAAUCUAAGGCCAUCAAACUAUACUCUGCUUCUAGAUGUCAUGCACUAGGUACUAUGCACGAAGCGAAGGGCCUUCACAAAGAGGCUUCAAAAGCUUUUCGUGAUGCUUUGAAUAUUGAUCCCGGACAUGUCCCUAGCUUGAUCUCUACUGCGGUGGUUCUUAGACGGUGCAGUAAUCGAUCAAAUCCUGCUAUCAGAAGCUUUCUGAUGGAUGCAGUACGGCAUGACAGAUAUAAUGCUUCUGCAUGGUAUAAUCUUGGGAUUUUUCACAAGGACGAGGGUACAGUGCUAGAAGCUGCAGAAUGUUUUGAGACAGCCAACUUUCUUGAAGAAUCGGCUCCAGUUGAACCUUUCAGAUGA